AUGUCUGCUGUUUUGAAAGAUCAAUUCUCGGAUGAAUAAAAAUUGCCUGAAUUUUUAAAAGAUGAAGGAAGAUACAACUUUGCAACAGUUUUAAACUAUAAAAGAUAAAAAAAAUCAAACCUAAAUUAAAAGCAGUUAAAGUAGGACAAAGAUUUUUAAAGUAUUAGGGAAUAUUCGAAUAUUAAUUGA